AUGCCCCUUAAAUUGGACAUCAAGCGUCGUUUGACGUCGCGCUCGGACCGUGUCAAGUGCGUGGAUCUGCAUCCGGCCGAGCCAUGGAUGUUGUGUGCCCUAUACAAUGGCCACGUACACAUCAUGAAUUAUGAGAAUCAGCAAUUGGUCAAAGAUUUCGAGGUAUGCGAUGUGCCUGUGCGUUGUGCUCGGUUCGUGGCGCGCAAGAAUUGGAUCAUUACCGGAUCGGAUGAUAUGCAAAUACGCGUUUUCAACUACAACACACUGGAGAAGGUGCACUCCUUCGAGGCGCACUCGGACUACCUGCGCUGCAUUGCCGUGCAUCCCACACAGCCCCUGGUGCUGACCAGCAGCGAUGAUAUGCUUAUCAAAUUGUGGAACUGGGAGAAAAUGUGGGCCGGCCAGCGAACCUUUGAAGGCCACACGCACUAUGUUAUGCAGAUUGUGUUCAAUCCCAAGGAUAACAACACCUUUGCCUCCGCAUCGCUGGACCGCACCGUUAAGGUGUGGCAGCUGGGUUCCAAUUAUGCCAACUUUACGCUGGAGGGGCACGAGAAGGGCGUCAAUUGUGUAGAUUAUUAUCAUGGCGGCGACAAGCCGUAUCUGAUUUCUGGCGCCGACGAUCGCUUAGUGAAGAUCUGGGACUAUCAGAACAAGACCUGUGUACAAACACUCGAGGGGCAUGCACAAAACAUUUCAGCUGUUUGUUUCCAUCCUGAGUUGCCCAUUGUGCUGACUGGCUCGGAAGAUGGUACCGUGCGCAUUUGGCAUUCCGGCACCUAUCGGCUGGAGACCUGUCUUAAUUAUGGCUUUGAACGCGUCUGGACUAUUGCCAGCAUGCGUGGCACCAACAAUGUAGCCCUGGGAUACGACGAGGGAUCCAUCAUUAUCAAGGUCGGGCGCGAGGAACCGGCCAUGUCUAUGGACGUGGUGGGCGGCAAAAUCAUUUGGGCCAAACAUUCCGAAAUGCAACAGGUCAAUCUGAAAACAAUUGCCGAUGGCACCGAGAUUAAGGAUGGCGAGCGUCUGCCCGUUGCCGUAAAGGAUAUGGGUGCGUGCGAGAUAUAUCCACAGACCAUAGCACACAAUCCCAACGGCCGCUUUGUGGUGGUCUGCGGUGAUGGCGAAUACAUAAUCUAUACGUCUAUGGCGUUGAGAAACAAGGCAUUUGGAUCAGCCCAGGAGUUCGUCUGGGCCUUGGAAAGCAAUGAGUAUGCUAUUCGUGAGAACAAUGGCACUGUGCGUCUGUUCCGGAACUUCAAGGAGCGCAAAAGCUUCACACCCGAAUACGGCGCAGAAAACAUUUAUGGCGGCUACUACUUUGGCGUGAAGACCUCGUCGGGCUUGGCCUUUUACGAUUGGGAGUCAUUACAGUUAGUGCGCCGCAUUGAAGUUCAACCGCGUAAUGUAUUCUGGAAUGAGAGCGGCAGUCUUGUUUGCCUGGCAACCGAUGAAUCCUACUUUAUAUUGUCCGUGGAUGCGGCACAAAUUGCCAAUGCUCUGGAGACAAAGGAGGGACUGGAGGAUGAUGGCGUAGAAAGCGCUUUUAAUGUGCUCGGCGAAGUAUCUGAGUCGGUCAAAACUGGUCUCUGGGUAGGCGAUUGCUUCAUUUACACGAAUUCCGUGAAUCGCAUCAACUAUUAUGUGGGUGGAGAGAUUGUGACCAUCUCGCAUCUGGACCGAACCAUGUACUUGCUGGGCUAUGUUCCCAAGGACAAUCGCUUGUAUUUGGGAGAUAAAGAGCUGAACGUGAUCAGCUUCUGCCUACACUUGUCUGUGCUGGAGUACCAAACGGCCGUGAUGCGUCGAGAUUUUGAACGCGCCGAUCUUGUGCUGCCUACCAUACCCAAAGAGCAUCGCACGCGAGUUGCGCACUUCUUGGAGAAGCAGGGAUUCAAGGAGCAGGCUCUGCAAGUGUCCACCGAUGCGGACCACAAAUUCGAUUUGGCGCUGCAAAUUGGCGAGCUGGAUAUCGCUUUGAAAGUGGCGCGCGAGGCAGAGAACUCACAGAAAUGGUCCCAGCUGGCCGAUGUUGCGGCGCGCAAAAACAACAUGGCCUUGGUGAAGGAGUGCAUGCAGAAGGCAAACGAUUUUAGUGGAUUACUACUGCUCUCGACUGCCUCAGGUGAUGCACAGAUGCUGGAGGAGGUAGGUGCAACCAGCUCCGCUCAAGGGCGCCAUAAUAUUGCAUUCCUGUCCGCCUUUCUUCGUUCCGAUGUGGACCGUUGCCUAGAGAUUCUCAUCGAGACAAAUCGUCUGCCCGAGGCAGCCUUCUUUGCGCGCACUUAUUUGCCCAGCCAAAUGUCGCGCGUGGUAGAACUAUGGCGCGAGGAACUGGGCAAGGUCAACGAGAAGGCAGGCCAAUCUCUGGCCGAUCCAACGCAGUAUACAAAUCUCUUUCCGGGCCUGGGCGAUGCGUUGCGCGUGGAGCAACAUCUGCAGGAGGAGCGAGCGCGCAAAGUGCCAGCCCGCCUGGCGGGACAGCUGCCAUUGAAUAGCGAACGAAAUCCACUUGAAGAACUGCAUGCUGCUGAGCAUCAAAGCGGUGCCGGUCAGCUAGAGGAAAAGGAGAAGCCGGCGUUUGUUCCAAUGUCCUUGCCAACAACAACAGCAACAACAACAAGCGGCACAAAGGCUGCCGGCGUUGCCGUAGCCGCCGCGGUUGCUGUUAGCGAGGAUGAUGACGAUGAUUUAGAUCUGGAGAUUGAUGGCAUUACGUUGGAUGAUAACAUAGAUACGACAGAUGUAAAUCUAGAUGAUGACUUUCUGAGCGAUGAUUAGAUGCGAUAGCUAUCCAGAGCACACGCUGUAUUCGAUAAUAUGGAUUAGAAAUGCUGUAAAUUCUUUUGUUGAUUCGGAAUACCUGCAGCAAAUGUCACAGAAUCGAAAGCUACAAAUUCCACAAACACACACACACACAUACGCAUGCAUUCAGUUUUGAUUUGAUUGUAUGCAUGUUUCCCGUGCAUUAAUUAUAAAAAUUAAAAAAAUUAUAUAUAUAUAUAUUAUGUACAACAAUUAUGCAGCAACAUCCAAUCACAAUAAUAAAAUAUAUUUAAAAAUGUGAAA